UCACAUGCGCGCGAGGUUUCCCCCAGCGUUGGGGGCGGGAGAUGCGCGGCUGCAGUCACCGGCAGGGCUGGCUUUUUCCUUGCUGCCGCUGCUGCGCCUCCGAGCCGGGGAAAGACCGGGAGGGAAACAGCCGCGACUGCACAGUGCUGCGUGGUUUGAUCGGAUCUAUUGGUGUGUAACUCGCGCUGGGCAUUAUCCCCGGGCCGAAGCGGAGGGGAAGGGGGAGCUUCGGGACCCUGCUGGGCUCCCCCCUUCCGCCUGAGCCCUGUCCUGCCUCCUCCCCACCCCGUCUCCGGGAUGAGCAUCUCCAUCCCGGAGGGGCUGACGGAGCUGCUGCAAGGCUUCACCGUGGAGGUGCUGCGGAGCCAGCCGGGGGACCUGCUGGAAUUCGCCCUCCAGUACUUCGGGCGCCUCAAAGCAGAGGCGGCGGCUGUUGCUGCGGGUCAGGGGGCGGGUGAAGGAGCCGGAGGAGAGGAGCCGGGCGAAGACGAGGAGGAAGCAAGCGGCCGCCAGCCCCGCUUCAAUGCAGUGUCGCCUGGCCGCGAGAGGGGGAGCCGCCUGCAGCUCCGGAGGGCCCCCUCGGAGAGCAGAGGGGUCAACUUCGCCGAGGAGCCCAUGCAGACCGACUCUGAGAGCGGGGAAGGGGAUGACGACGACGAGGCUGAAGAAUUCACGGCUCCAGUGAUAAAUCGCUUCACUAGACGGGCUUCAGUAUGCGCAGAAGCUUACAAUCCUGAUGAAGAAGAGGAUGACACUGAAUCAAGGAUUAUUCACCCCAAAACAGAUGAUCAAAGAAACAGACUACAAGAAGCUUGCAAAGACAUCCUUCUGUUUAAGAACCUAGAUCCGGAACAGAUGUCUCAAGUACUGGAUGCCAUGUUUGAAAAACAGGUUGAAGGAGGGGAGCAUGUCAUUGAUCAAGGUGAUGAUGGUGACAACUUCUAUGUAAUUGAUCGAGGGACUUAUGACAUCUAUGUGAAAUGUGAUGGUGUUGGAAGGUGUGUGGGGACCUAUGACAACCGUGGGAGCUUUGGUGAAUUGGCUUUAAUGUACAAUACACCCAGGGCAGCUACGAUCAUUGCUACCUCUUCUGGUUCUGUGUGGGGCUUGGACAGAGCAACAUUUCGAAGGAUCAUUGUAAAAAACAAUGCCAAAAAGAGAAGAAUGUAUGAAAAUUUUAUUGAGUCGUUGCCCUUCCUUAAAUCAUUAGAACUUUCAGAACGGUUGAAAGUUGUGGAUGUGAUAGGCACCAAAAUAUACAAAGAUGGAGAACAAAUAAUUGCUCAGGGAGACAUGGCUGACUGUUUCUUUAUUGUUGAAUCUGGAGAAGUGAGAAUUACAAUGAAAAGAAAGAGUAAAAAGGAUAUAGAAGAGAAUGAAGCAGUUGAAAUAGCCCGGUACACUAGAGGGCAGUAUUUUGGUGAACUUGCCCUUGUAACUAACAAACCUCGAGCUGCCUCUGCAUUUGCACUCGGCGCUGUCAAGUGCUUAGUUAUGGAUGUACAGGCAUUUGAAAGGCUUUUGGGACCUUGUAUGGAAAUUAUGAAACGAAACAUUGCGAACUAUGAAGACCAACUAAUUGCUCUGUUUGGAACAAACAUGGACAUUUCCGAUCCCAGUGCAUGAAGUAAAGUAUGAACCACAAGAUCUGUUAAGAGAAAUAGCACAGAAGUGGUUAGUCCACUGAAAAUGUGUCUAUCUUCCUGUAGAUGCUAAGCAUUUUUCUGUGAUUUUACAAGGGAUUGGGUUUAUUUUUGUUUUUUUCAAUUUUUAUUUGCCUUAUGUAUACAUUAGUUUGGCUGUAUCAGUAAAUGGAAUAGAAACCGCAUACUGUUGCCCUAUCUUGGAGGACUGUUGAGCCACCAGCACCUCAGCUUCCGGGCAACAAUCCUGAGAAUCCAUCCUAUAGAUGAGUUUGUGGGGAUUUACAAUCUUUGGCACUUCUAAAUUUUUAAAUAUAGUUAUGAUUACAAGUUUCAUUUUAAAGACGUCCAUGGUUGCAGUUUAAAACAAUGUGUGCACACCAGCAUGUCUGUCUUUUUCUUUUUAAUUCUCUCCCCCACCACCAUGCCCAUGACCACAGGUCUUUGCACUGUACAAAAAGUCACUCUUAAAUUUCGUUUCUUCUUUGGAGUGGUGUGCUUGAAGCAUAGCAGGGAUUGCUCUCAGAAGGAGAGUCCUGCUUCACCUGAAUCUCACUGUACAAUCCUUUGGAUUGCCUAUGUGUUGAUUAAAACACACUCCUGCUUGCUAAAUAGUUAAUGGUUUCUGUAGAAUAUCAAGGAAUAAAAGGAGGAAUCAGUUGAUGUCACUGGAAUAAUUGCCAUUAACAUUAACCAAGCUGGGUCCCCCCCACCCCCACCAUAUAGUCAAAUAAAUGUGAUAUAUUGAAAGUGUCAGUGCACCCAGUGUUCACAAGUAUCUAGUAUAGAAGGCUGCACAGUACGUAUUUGGUUUGUAGGCUGUUUGAAGCGCCAUUAAAGUGGCAUUCAUAGAAGUUGUAUUUUUAAAAGCCCUCCAAACAAUAAAGCAUGGCUUUGCAUUCUUGGUAAACUUUAGGAGUCACAUAAUAAGCUUAACCUUCUUGAUUUUGUGUUUAAAGUCCCAUUUAUUUUACAUAAGACAUCAGAUUACAUUUAAGUCUGGACGAAUGAUACUGUAACAUCUUUAAAAUGUGGAAGGUUUUGUAUGUUGUAUAUUACAGUAUGGGGUGGUUUUCUUUGCACUUGUUUUAUAUACUUUUUGAUUUCUUAAAUUUGUGUCAGAUGUUCACUAGCUAGAAGAGUGUAAAAAUUCACUUUGAUUCAAAAGUCAUAAUCAUGUUCUACUUACUUGCAUAUCAUUUGCAUAGGUGUUCUCAGCAGAAGCAGAACUUUAUUCUAGUUCCAUAUGGGAUUCAUUCUAAAGAUUGCAUCUUCGGUCUGAUUCAGAAGCCAGAAUUACUUUGAUUUGGGGUGUUCACAGUGGUGAUGUUUCUAUUCCUUGUUUGCUUUUAAUGUUAGUUUGAGUGUACCUCUGUUUAAAUUGUUUUCCCUAGUUCAAUGAAUUGGGCACCCUGGCCCUAUGAACUGGCUUCAGCGGGCAAAUGGUGACUUUUCUUACUGUGGUUAAAGCCAGAUUUAAUCCUGCCAUGCAACCCUGCCCCGGCACUUCUUCCUUGUAGUUAUAACUGGCACAGUGAUGCACUGUCUUCCAAAGGGGCAAAGAAACUUCAGGCACUUGUGCAAUAGAGUCACAGAUGGAAAAGGCUGCAGGGGCAGAGGGCAAACACGCAAACAUCUGUACCCAGCACAGCAGCUGCUAGAUCUGUAUUUCAUUUUUGACCACUGAGAUCAGACUCUACUACCAAAAUAUAACUAGCAUUGUUUUAGAAUAAUAGGGUAGAACAUGAUUGUGUGAGUUAUAAAACAUAGUGUAGUUUUCCCUGGAGCAAUUCAGUUAAUGAAGGUGCCAGUAUGUGCUUUGCUCUUUAAAGACCAAUCCCCUCACCCCUCAACAUAAAGGAUUACACUUUCAGCAGACAUGUCAGAGAGUUAUUUCUUCCAUCUUGGACUAAAGUGAAAGUAUUACGUUACAAUGCGUAUGUAUGUUUGCAUAAUGAUAUAUCACGGUUAGUGAAUGGUACAUGGAAAUCUAUACAAUUACAUUGAAGACAUUUAUUAUACAACAAUGCUUUUAGUAUUAUAUAUAAUUUAUAUCAUGCACUGUGAUAUAAAGGAUAAUGUGUCAACAUUUUUACAUAAUCUUUCUGGUAAAAUUCCUAUGAGUGAAAACGUGAUUGUAUCGAAACAUCAGGCAGCAGACUCCAUGGCUUGGAUCCAAAGAACUAUGCAACCAGUUUCACAUACUGAGCGAAGCUUUAUACUUGUGUUUAUUGAACACAGCCACUCCAUAUCAUGUGGUAAGACUCCAUUUGGAAGCAAAGAAAUUAAAAACAAACAAACAGAUGGUGAUGUACCAUGAGAACAAGAAAAAAAGUCAGAAAUUGCACUGGAGAUACUCAAGUCUUUGGAUGCACCUAAAAUAGUUGUUUGGAUCCCAGUUCACGACUUUUGUUAUGUAAACUGAUUACAGUUAAAUAUUAUGAAUUAGUUCAGUGUUGUUUAGAAAAGAGUUAAUAAUUACACAUUUGAAAGUGACUGCCAAUCAAAGCCAAGAUAAACAUCAGUCUUAAUAUUGUAUAUUUAAAAUGCCAUACACUAAUGUACACAGUACUAUUUGACAGUUUAGAUUUUCAACUUCUUUGAACCAAUACAAGUGGAUUUUGUAUUCUUAACCUUUCUAUAGAAUUACACUACUGAUUGUAAUGGAUAUUAGGGCUGCAAUACUCAUACACAGUGACAGUAAAUGUAAACUGGUUUACAUCAACAUUACUUCUGUUGAUGAGAAGAUUUGAGAAUUGAGCUGAGGAUGUUGCUUGACCCUUGCCAUUAGCAAGAACUGAUCACUUAGUAAAGAGAAGAGCAGUCUCCAGGGCAGAGAAGGUUUCUGCAUGAAGAUCUAAUAUACACCAGCACAAAAGGCUGCUACAGGGGGAAAGGAUCUGUGAACAGUAGUCUUGUGUUGUAUGUCCAGUAUCCAACAGAUGAUCAGCACAGUUUGUUUGAUAAUACUGUCAGGCAAAGGCCAGGGAAGCAGGCACUCGAUUUCAGGUAUCUUUCCUUCAACCUGCCUAACCAGGUGAUCUGUGUUGUCGUUUAUCACAACUUGGAAGAGGUCCACAAGCACAGCUUGAUGGUACAGCCAUUUACAUGGCUGCUGGUUUGCUGUAUGGGGACAAAAUAUGAAUUUGAGUAGCUUUGCUUACUGGUGAUCAAAUAUAGAGAAGCUUUGCUCACAGAUGUCCUAUAAUGUGAUUUGGAGCAAGUGGUACAGACAAUAAAGUUUAGUGGCACUAGCAACCCUUGACAGGAGAGCUUUGAGCUUUGUUUUGGCAGAGAAUCAUAUCUGCACUUGUUUGCCAAUUUCCAUACUUCAUAUCUUCGGCUCUUCCCCAGAUAUAGCCAGUACAGUAUUAGACUUUACUUCAUCCAGGUAGAUCAGGGACUACAUCCUAACUCAGCUCUGAAGCCAUGCUGCUUCAUGGGAUACUGGUUUUUCAUAAAUAAAAACAUGCACCUUCAGAACUUUAGGGCAGCGAGAUGUAAUAUGAGAAGCAUGCUGUGUCCUGUGACAUAUUCUUGCGUGGAGAAAGAAUGCCACACAUCACAUCCCCCCACUUUACUUCCUACAAACUUCUGUAUGUAAAAAGAACCCUUGAUUUUGUUUUUGUUUUUAAAUUCCUUUUUCCAUAACAGAAAGUGCAUACAGUCUGUGUGCCAUCUCUGGCUGUGCCUGCAGCAUUCCCUGGGCCACCUUGCUUGACCACAUUAGAUGUAAUGUCAUGGAAUCUACACACACACACAGACCCAAUCUAUUUAAUUUUUACCCCUUAAAUUCAGGGGGCAAAAUAUAUUGGACCUGCCCAGGCCUCACCAAAAAUGGUGUGCUAGAACCCACUGAAACAUUUGGAAGUGAGAUGCAUAGAGAAUGGACUCUACACACUUUCAGGUACAUGCAAGGGCAGAGAGAGGCCAGCGGCGGCCUCCGCGAGCCCUGCCCCCUGCACCUGAUGUCAGACACAGGGGCAUGGUUUAGCUCCCAAACAGGGCCGUGCAGCCCCAUUUGGGAGUUAAACCGACAUUUGCAGCAUGGCCGGAGUGACUCUCCCUGCCUUUUAAAGGCACUAAAAUUAAGGACUUAAAUAAUCCAAAUGAUGGAGUCACUUAGGUGGGAGAGACCAUGGCUCACUGCUAGUGCACAUGCUUUUCAUUCACAAGAUAUCAUCCCUAGAUUCUCUAGUAGCAGUACUGGGAACUGAGGCUUUGAGAGCUGCUUCCAUAGUACUGGACAAGAUGGAUCAAUGGUCUGACUCUGUAGACAGCUACAUUAUGUAACUUCUCUACAACUGUACCACUUCUCCCCAGAGCAUUUAGCUAAGGCCCAAACCAAUAUAUCUUCCUGCAGCAUUACAGCACCUUCCUAAUUCAGAUGGCCUUUAGUGGCCUGGAUUAAACUAGUAUUAGGUGAAAGAGGAUGUGUGGAAGUAAUGGUUGUACUUUAAUGGGCAUUAGGAGAAGGAGUUGUUUUGAAGGGUAUGUGUAUGUGUGUGUGAACUUUUUAUGUUUUGUUCUAAAAGCAUUGUAGCUUGUUCUGAACCUUUUGGAUAGCACAGAUUUUUUUUUUUUUAAUCUAAAAUAAGGACAUAUUUUGUUUUGUUUCUCCCCCCUAAGCGAAUUUGUGCACCACUUCCCUUUCUUGAAUGUUAAUCUUCUGUAUUUUUACUGAUGCCUCUUUUUUAUGGUACCUAUAAAUUGUGAAAAUUUACAAGUGUACAAAAUUAAUAAAUAAUUUUCAAUAGAG